CGUUGAGUCUCCCAUCGUCAGUAAGUGAGUCCCAUCGACAAGACAACUAGACUACAUUAUUGCUCUCUGCAGAACAUCACUGGAAUAUUUGAUUUCACCGGUUCAACUUUGUCAUAUCCGCUCUUUACAACAUGAGUUCUAUUUCUGCAUUCAAGAUGAUGGCGAAGCUGAUUGUGGUUUGCCUGCUACUCGCUGUCAACCAGGUUUACGCCGGAGUGACUCACGGUCUCCAAACGGGCGGGUUCAGCGGUGCUGCCAGCUACGGUCGUGACGCAGGUGCUGGAGGAUUCGCUGGAAGUUCUCUCGUUUCUCCACUGGCAUCGUCUGGAUUCGCUUCACCUUACGGCGCUCAAGGUGGCAACUACUUGCAAGGUGUCAACGGUAUCCACCAAGGAUCGUCGGCUGGAUUCGGAGGUUUCGGCUCAUCGGCCAAGGGAUACGGUCAUCGUUAAUAACUCAAGGACCAUCAAAUAUCCUUGCAAAUCGAUCAUUUACACUUCUUGUGUCCGUUUUCGCACACGAUUGACCACCGGUUGGUGUUGUGUUUUGACGCCCCAAAUAUAUGUAGUAGCUUAUUUGUUUGAUCUAUACUCCACACACAUACUUGAAAUUCUCACAGCUCUUGAAAUACACAUUCCACACAAAUAACCGA